AUAAAUAUUAUCCUUAAAAAAUUGUUGCAGCAUUCGCAAAUAUUUUUUUUGUCAGUUCUGACAGUUGAAAGAAAACAAUAACAUAACCUCAAAAAUAGCAUACACACCAACAAUUCUAUUCAAUUCUAAAGUAUAUUAAAUAAUUCUUUAAUAAAUUAUUUCAAAAUGGCAGAAUUAAAAAUAAAGCUAGAAUUUGGUGGAGGUGCAGAACUACUGUUUGACAAAAUAAAGAAGCGGGAAGUAGAAUUGCCAGCAGUUAAGAAGUACUUCCCAGACUGUCAACGUGACACAUGGACGAUAAAAGAGCUGCUGGUAUGGCUGAAGGACAAUUUGUUACGGGAAAGGCCGGAGUUGUUUCUACAGGGUGAUUCAGUCCGGCCAGGCAUCUUGGUUCUUAUAAACGAUGCAGAUUGGGAGCUGUCCGGCGAACUCAACUACGAAAUACAGCAGAAUGACUCCAUCAUGUUCAUAUCUACGCUGCAUGGGGGAUAGUAAAUAAGAUUUAAAUAUUUAA